CAUAAGAACUCAGCAUAAAAGUGGAUUUCCUUAUGAUUGUAUUAUUUUGUCUUCACCGUUAUUGUAUACAGUGUUAUCUGGGAGUACUCUGACACUGACCAUAACCGGUGAAACCCUUAAUGGCGAAGAACUGAUGUACACAACUGACCUGACCAACAUGGCCUCCCCUGCUUUCAAGAAACUUGAAACAAUCUACUGCGGAGUGGCCACGAAUCAUCUCGAGCGGGAGCUAGGAUCAGAUCUUCGUAGACUGGACUGUGUAGCCAAUUCGUUCAAUCCUGGCAGCAUUGUCGCUGAAUUAGAGAUUCAAGUCUUUGCUACCACCCAAGAUGUGGCUGAUUCUCUCGCUGAAGACGUGGCUGAGCUGUCUACCGGUGAAGGUCUCGUUCUCUCCUCCGAUGGGGACUCCAUGUCCGUAUCAUCGUUCUCGGCUACUCCUAAUUCCGCUACUACCAAUGGUGGGCGGGGCUUGUUAACUGGAGCUAUUAUAGGCAUUGCAGUGGGCGUGGUCAUAGUAGAUGUCGUGGUUCUAUAACUCAUUGGAUACUUCGUCGUUCGCCGCCCAGGUCAAAAACGUUCGACGAUUGCCUGAGAGUACUGCAUUAUUUGGUUGGUUUGUUUGAAUGUGUGUUUGCUUGUCUGUUUCUAGUUUGUGCUGAACUCAAUGUUUUUUGGCUUCAAGCACAUCACGCCAUGUUCAGACUGAAGCCCUUGUGUAUCAUCACCCCUUAAUGCACUAUUAUGUUAAUGCUACGUUGGUAUGUAAAGGUAAUAUAUUGUUUAAUGUUUUGUUUGUUUGUUUCUACUUUGUGCUGAACUCAGUGUUCCUUGGCUUCAAGCACAUGAUGUAAUGUUUAAAUCAGACAAUAUUGUCCAUACGGUUUGUAAAUGCAUUGUCAAUCAUUGUUUUUUUUAUGUAAGAUGAAACAGUAGCAAAUAAAUAAUUCAAAAUCAGUUACAGAUGUAGAUGAAGAAUAAUUUUGAAAUCAUAUCAUGAUUUUUAAUCGAAAAAUUUAUUAAGAAUGUAAUUGCUAAUAGCACUUGUAAAUGCAUUGAUUUACAUUGGUAUGUAGAGGGUGUAUAUAGUUUAAAGUCCAUACGUUUUGUAAAUGCAUUGGCAAUCAUUGUUGUUUAUGUAAGAUGAAACAGUAGCAAAUGAAUAAUUCAAAAUCAGUUACAGAUGUAGAUGAAGAAUAAUAUUGAAAAUCAUAUCAUGAUCUCGAAUCAAAAAAAUGUAUUAAGAAUGUUAUUUCUAAUAGCACUUGUAGGGGCACUGAGGUUUAUAAUCACAUGAUGUGCCAUAUAAAUACACCAUAUUAUUGUUAAGUUUGGAUACCAUCAUACUUCAUCUCUGUAAUUAAGUUUUGGAAAUGUAAGACAUAAAGGCGUUAAUUCAAUUUAAAAUACGAUAACAUUAGAAUCAUUAGAUCCCUUCGAAUGUUAAAAAUUGAUAUAACUCUUAUAAUUAAGAGCAAAGUAGGAAUUUUGAAUUCCUUAAAUUGUCCAGAUAUUUCAGCCAUUUUAUUGAGAAAUACUCCCUUUUCAGACUUAUAUACAGUCCAAUCCAUUAUGGUAUGAAAUUCAUCCCCAACCCUUCCUAAGUUACAUUCAUUACAAGUACUUAAUGUGAAGGUAUUUUUUCCAGUCGUCUAUGUCUUCCAGUUUCUAUCGCCUAGAUGAACUAAUUCUCAGUCUGCAGAUAUUUGUUCGUAAUUGUACGGUUUUUAACAGUUAAUACAUAUGAUUCUGUUUGUAUACUCUGCUUAAAUAGUAUAUAAUUAUAUUCUCAA